AUGCAAGCUUUACCGAGAAAGGUGGCAGUCAUUCACACUCCAUACUGGAACGAGUCAGAGCAAAAGUUACCUGAAGAUGAAUUACAGGACCUCUUCACCCCAACAAUCAUCUACUUCCCGCGGUCAGACAGAAAGGGCUAUAUUUCCCACGACUCACCGCGCCGCCCGAAGAGAGAUUCUCAGUCAAGAGUACACAAUAGCCUGGAUGAGCGACGUGGUCAAGACACAGAGGCAAACCGGCCCGAACAAUCUCCCGCGUCUGCGUUCUCAAGUCCUUCCAUCACUUGCAACUUUAACAUGACUGAUUUCGAGCGCUUCCUACUCAGCGAUACCGGCAAAGAAGCGCAGCAAAGUAAAUAUUCUUACUACACUAUCACAGAGCCUUCUCCAGACCGCGAUUCAAGCCGAAGAAAGAAGAGAAGAGUAGAUGAACGGAAGAUGGCGGAGAAGGAGAUACGCGAGUAUGAGCGCUGGGUUUUUGGCACUUGGGAGAAUAUAUUUUCAGGGUCCUAUUCAUAUUCUGGGUAA